GGACUAGAUGCACAGUGGGGACAGGAUUUGUCAUGACUGUCUACGGAACAUAUCAAGCCCUCGUCUGUCUGCUUGUCAUUGCGAUGGCAGGUGCAGAGGUGCAGGAAAAACUCUCCCCUGAGUGUAAACAGUUCCUGUACAUGGGCACGCUGCCUCACGGGCUCGAGAAACAGCCGUUUGUAAAGAUUUGCCAGUUCUAUGAGGGAAGACCGCGAUUUGUGACUCUGUACGACACCUUCAACCACAUCCCUGUUUUUUCUGCCUACACCUUCAAGCGCUCGGAUGGCUCCAAAAAGGUUGAUGUGCCUUGGAUGUAUGAGCCACAGCUGUCCACAGUGUCUGGCUCCAGAGAGAUGCAGCAGUUCCCCUCUGAAAAUACUCACAGGAGUUUCGAAGAUUCACAGGCUGUCCUUGAUGACUACUCCGACACCGUGAUCUACGAGCGUGGACAGCUGAAUCCGGACGAGCACCAGGCCCACCCCGACGACAAAGCAGCCACCUACACUCUGACAAACGUGGUUCCUCAGGUCCGAGAGUUCAACAUCGGUUCCUGGAAAAGACACGAGCACACCAUCCGCAGGAGGCUCAACAACUACUGCCGAGGCACCGCCUACGUGGUCACCGGGGUCACCACCUCUGGUCACACAAUCCGCCGCCGGAACAUCAACCGCCUGGGCAUCCCCACCUACCUCUGGUCGGCCUACUGUUGCACUGAUUUUGACCACAAUGCACCGUACUCCGAUCGCUCCAAGUUCCCCGUGUUUGCAGCUUAUGGGCUCAACGACAGGGAGAAUAACAAGGUUCAGGAAAUGACGGUGCAGCAGCUGGAGGACUUCCUGAAGCGGGUAACUUACGUUGGCAACUCUUUCCAGAUCUUCUACGACAACUGCGUGCCUGACAAUUUUGCUGGCAGGGCCCUGCACCUGCCUUGA